UUCGCACUCACCGGGCGCCGUGCUUUGGUUUCUCCACUGAAGGCGUCGGUCGCUGAGGAGGCGUUCAGGGAUUUCUCUCUCUGCAUGAGUGGAGCAGACCCGGGAAUAGACGUUUGGUUCGUGGUGCCCUUGGAAGAAAUCACGGGGAAAGCGCAGGACAGAGCCGAACACGUGCCUUUUUCUUACUUGUGCUGAGGAUAUUAAGAUUUCAGGAUGCCAGUUUUCCAUACCAAGACGAUAGAGAGUAUCCUGGAGCCGGUGGCUCAGCAGAUUUCACACUUGGUUAUCAUGCACGAGGAGGGAGAAGUUGAUGGGAAAGCGAUCCCAGAUCUCACCAGCCCAGUGGCGGCAGUGCAAGCGGCUGUCAGCAACCUUGUGCGGGUGGGGAAGGAGACAGUGCAGACCACAGAAGACAAGAUUAUGAAGAGAGACAUGCCAUCGGCCUUCAUUAAGGUGGAGAACGCCUGUGCAAAGCUGGUGGAAGCGGCUCAGAUGCUGAGAACAGACCCGUACUCUGUCCCGGCCCGUGAUUACCUCAUCGACGGCUCACGGGGAAUCCUCUCAGGCACCUCAGACCUGCUGCUGACCUUCGAUGAAGCCGAGGUGCGUAAAAUUAUCCGCGUGUGUAAGGGCAUCCUGGAGUACCUGACCGUUGCAGAGGUUGUGGAAACCAUGGAGGACUUGAUCACUUACACUAAAAACCUGGGACCAGGAAUGACGAAGAUGGCAAAGAUGAUCGACGAGCGACAGCAGGAACUCACACACCAAGAGCACCGUGUGAUGUUGGUCACCUCCAUGAACACAGUAAAGGAGCUGCUGCCCGUGCUCAUAUCAGCCAUUAAAAUCUUUGUGACAACCAAGUGCACUAAGAGUCACGGUGUGGAGGAGGCCUUGAAGAACAGAAACUACACGUUUGAUAAGAUGACGGCUGAGAUCAAUGAGAUAAUCAGAGUGCUGCAGCUCACUUCAUGGGACGAGGACGCCUGGGCAAAUAAAGACACUGAGGCCAUGAAGAGAGCGCUGGCGCUGAUCGAGUCUAAGAUGGGUCAGGCUAAAGGUUGGCUGAGGGACCCCAAUGCUCUGCCAGGAGACCCAGGAGAGCAUGCACUGCGUCAGAUCCUGGAUGAAGCAGGAAAAGUGGGUGAGCUUUGUGCAGGAAAAGAGAGGCGAGAGAUCCUGGGAACAGCCAAAACCCUGGGCCAGAUGACGGAUCAGGUGUCAGAUGUGCGCACCAGAGGUCAGGGUGCCACCCCUAUGGGUAUGCAGAAAGCUCAGCAGGUUGCUCAAGGUUUGGAUAUUCUGGUGGGAAAAGUGGAGAACGCGGCCCGUAAGCUGGAGGCCCUGACCAAUGCCAAACAGGCCAUCGCCAAGAGAAUCGACAAUGCUCAGAGCUGGCUGGCUGAUCCUAACGGCGGACCGGAGGGUGAAGAAAACAUCCGCGCUCUUCUGGCGGAGGCCAAACGCAUCGCUGACUUGUGUGAAGACCCUAAAGAACGAGAUGACAUUCUUCGCUCUAUCGGCGAGAUCGCAGGCCUCACCGCCAGACUGGUCGAGCUCCGUAGAAUAGGUAAAGGCGAUACUCCAGAGGCGAGAGCUCUCGCCAAACAGAUUGGCACAGCUUUGCAGAACUUACAGGCAAAAACGAACCGUGCUGUGGCCAACAUGAGGCCUGCCAAAGCUGCUGUUACCCUGGAGGGCAAAAUGGAGCAGGCCUUGCGCUGGAUCAACAACCCUGGAGUGGAUGAUCAUGGAGUAGGCCAGGCUGCUAUACGAGGGCUGAUAGCAGAGGGCCGACGGCUUGCGAGCUCUCUGCCAGGACCGUACAGACAGGAGCUGCUGGCCAAAUGUGAGCAGGUGGAGCAGCUGAUGAUGCAGCUGGCGGAUCUGGCAGCACGGGGAGAAGGAGAGAGUCCUCAGGCCCGCGCAGUGGCUGCUCAUCUUUUGGAGGCAAUUAAAGAUCUGAAGGCAAAGAUGCAGGAGGCGAUGACCCAGGAAGUGUCUGAUGUUUUUAGCGAUACAACAACACCAAUUAAACUCCUGGCUGUGGCAGCAACAGCACCUCUCGAGGCCCCGAACAGAGAGGAGGUGUUUGAAGAAAGGGCUUCUAACUUUGAGAAUCAUGCUAGCAGGCUGGGCGCUACUGCGGAGAAGGCAGCUGCGGUGGGAACAGCUAAUAAGAGCACAGUUGAAGGCAUCCAAGCGGCUGUGAAAUCAGCUAGAGAUCUAACACCUCAGGUCACUUCUGCUGCACGUAUUUUGCUGAAGAACCCUGGCAACCAGGCUGCCUACGAGCACUUUGAUACCAUGAAGAACCAGUGGAUUGACAACAUUGAAAAAAUGACCAGUCUUGUGGAUGAAGCCAUUGACACUAAAUCCCUCUUGGAUGCUUCAGAGGAGGCUAUUAAGAAAGACAUUGAUAAAUGCCGGGUGGCAAUGGCUAACGUUCAGCCCCAGAUGUUGGUUGCAGGGGCUACAAGCAUUGCCCGGCGGGCAAACAGGGUUCUUCUAGUGGCCAAGAGGGAAGUGGAGAAUUCAGAGGACCCUAAAUUUAGAGAACUGGUUAAAGCAGCUUCAGAUGAACUCGGUAGAACCAUCUCACCCAUGGUUAUGGCUGCUAAAGGAGUGGCAGGAAACAUCCAGGAUCCAGGUUUGCAAAAGGGCUUCCUGGACUCUGGCUACAGGAUCUUGGCUGCUGUCGGGAAAGUCAGAGAAGCCUUUCAGCCUCAGGAGCUGGACUUUCCUCCUCCACCUCCAGACCUGGAUCAGCUGCAUGUCAACGAUGACCAGGCUCCACCCAAACCGCCUCUUCCCGAGGGAGAGGUUCCUCCUCCGAGACCUCCACCUCCAGAGGAGAAAGAUGAGGAGUUCCCUGAGCAGAAGGCAGGAGAGAUGGUGAGCGAGCCCAUGAUGGUGGCUGCCAGGUCACUGCACGACGAGGCCCGCAAGUGGUCCAGCAAGCCCGAGGUCCCAGAUGAGGGUUUUGAGGCCGCUGAGGCGGAAGUAGAUAUAGACGAUGAGGAUGAAUUCACAGACAACGAGGACGAUUAUGAGCCAGAGCUGCUCUUAAUGUCUUCCAAUCAGCCAGUUAACCAGCCCAUUCUGGCCGCUGCGCAGUCUUUGCACCAGGAGGCUCGCAAGUGGUCCAGUAAGGGUAAUGACAUCAUCGGAGCCGCCAAGCGCAUGGCCCUGCUGAUGGCAGAGAUGUCUCGUCUGGUGCGCGGUGGAAGUGGGAAUAAACGUGCCCUUAUUCAGUGCGCCAAGGACAUCGCCAAGGCCUCUGAUGAGGUCACGCGGCUGGCUAAAGAAGUAGCCAAACAAUGCACCGACAAACGGAUUCGCACAAACCUGCUGCAGGUUUGUGAGCGCAUCCCAACCAUCAGCACUCAGUUGAAGAUCCUUUCCACAGUGAAGGCCACUAUGCUGGGACGUACAAACAUCAGUGAGGAAGAAUCCGAACAGGCCACUGAGAUGCUUGUGCACAACGCACAGAACCUCAUGCAGUCUGUGAAGGAGACGGUGAGAGAAGCAGAAGCCGCCUCCAUCAAGAUCCGCACAGACGCAGGCUUCACACUUCGCUGGGUCCGAAAGACCCCCUGGUACCAGUAAAAAACAAACUGAGGACUAGACGUUUUCAGUUAGCAGUUUGCAUCCUUGCCUUUUCAAAUGUCCCUCUGAGAGGAGGUGGACUUUUGGACAUCAGCGUUUGGUUGUAGUUUCGAGGUGACUUUUUUUAAUUUAACAGCUGGUAUUGGUACUCAGUACACUUACUUUGUCUUUACGGAGGCUAUUUUUGUCCUGAAUCUCACACUACUGAGAUAUGGUGUUGGAAUACACAGGAAGCAGAUUUAUAAAUAUAUAUUUUUGGUAUGUUGGGUUUCCAAAUUCCAGGUAUAUAUACAUAAAUAUCUAUUUUUUUGCAUGAUGAAGUUUUCUAUUUUAUAUUAGAGAAAUACGGCACUCUCGAACAAAGUUGGGAGUUCAUUAUGAAAUUUACUUUAGUUUUUGAGAAGUGAAUUUUCUUAUUGAAAAUGUAUAUAUUUCGUAUAUAUUUCACCAGAUCGUGAUCACACAUUUCUUUUUAGUCGCGAAUUUGCAUCUUUUUUGCUUUGCUUUUCAGAAUAACUGUGCUGUGGCUGGAGUAACUCACUACGAUGAACUGUUCUGAGCUCAUGUUUAUAUGAACCAUUGCUUAGCUAUUUAUUAAUAAGGAUAAUGCCUUUUUUUGAUGGGUCAUGCCAUUACAGAGAUGUAUUUUGCAUGGCACGGUUGAUGCCAAAGAUUUCUUUUAUUUUUACAUUUAAUAUAUUUAGUAGCUUUGGAAAUCAUGUAAAUCUAUGUUGACAUGCAAACGCUUAGACAGUCAACACUGAAAUGUAUUUGUUCCUUAUACUUCACUCUUGUGAGACACCGAAUGAUUUUUUUUUAGAUUUGUUAGGCUCGAAAGAAAAGCACAAUCACAACAGUUGAACUGUUUCUCUCUUAGCUCAGUCUCUUUGCAGUUUACAGCUUAAUUUAGAUGUUUCUCUCAGUGUGAUUGUGUUUUUAUUGUUGCGUAUUGAAGAUGGGGCUGUCUUAAUGUAUCUUCCAUUAGGAUAGAAUGGGUAACAACAAGACCCAGGUGGCUUGUUUAUACGUGAUACCUACAAUAUGUGUUUGAAGACGCUCAUAGGGAUACAUCAACAAAAAAUAACAAGACUUUCAUCAUUCAUACACGGUUCUAAAACAGAAAAUAUUAUGCAAAAAUUAUGCUGCGUUGUUUUAGACUCCAUUGACUUUAAAGGGAUAAUUCACCCAAAUGUUUCAAACCUUUAUCAGUUUAUUUCUUCUGUCCAACACAAAGGAAAGCUGUAAACAUUGACCUCAAUAAUAGGAAAAACAAAUAGUAUGGAAGUCAGUAAUUACAGGUUUCCAACAUUUUUCAAAGUAACUUCUUUUGUGUUCAACAGAAACUCAUAAAGGUUUUAAAUAAGUAAACGGUGAGUAAAUAAUGACAGAUUUUUUUCUUGGGUGAACUAUCCGUGUAGACAUUUACAUACAGGUUUUAAAUGACGUGAGGGUCAGUAAAUUGCAGAUCUGGCACUUCUUUUGGUGAUGUAUCAUUUUAGGAACUGUACAAAAUCAAUCGUGUGGAAAAUUGUGCAAUGGUAGUAUGGGAAACUCAGUAGCACAACCUUUAGCUGGUGAUACGUCUCUCUUUCAUUCUCUGCACAGCUACAGUAACUCUCCGUCAUGAUGCUUUACUGCCUUUCAUUCACUUAAUUCUCUAUCUACAACUAGACUUUUGAAAGAGUACCUUUUCAGCCCCUAAUAUAGUGCCUCAUUGUGAAAGUUUACAGGGCUGUCUUUGUACUGUAUGUGUAAUAGCAUGUUUUGGGUUCUGAUGACAUUUAGAAAGGGUGAUAGUACUGCUUUGUGAAUGUAUAUAAUGGAUGACACUAAUGUUGACCUUUUUUCCCCCCGUGUGACAUAGAAAAGAACAUCUUAUGUGCCUCAGAUUAAUAAUAAAAAAAGUUCUGUUAGGUGUUUUGGUUUGACACUUUACUACCCAAAUAUGUCAAAUAAAAGGACAAGUGAAUGUCUCUAUUGUAAAAACAUUUCAAUUAUUACACAAGGAUUAAAACAUUCAUUUAGUAACUUCCAAGAUGUUAUUUACUAAG